AUGCAAAUCUACAAAGUGCUUCCGACGUGGGUACCGAUGUGGUUUCAACAUCAAGUUAGCACACGCGAAAUGCUAGGACUGUUAAGGAGAUCAGCGUUUGGAUUACGAAACCCAGUGGUCCGUUCAUACACCUGGCAGGCUUCUAGGGCCGUUCCUCUACUUUUUCCAACAUCUACGACGCUGGUGCGCACGCCUUUUCCGCAACACACAGCAGAGCGCACUCUAAUAACCACCACACGUCCUCCAUGUAACAAGUGCGAGGCUCUGCGCAAGAAAGCAAGAGACAACAUGUACAACAAAUUCAAUGUUGAUGAUGGUGGUGCCUCAGACCGUGAGGCACUUCCAGUUAAUGUCACACCUUUGCGCUAUGGUUUGCAAGUUGAGCCAGAUUUCGAGAAGUUUACCUUUAAUGGUGUUGUUGAGAUUGACUUGAAGGUGAAUGACAAGACUGUGGACACAAUUGAGUUGAAUACAGCUGACAUUGAUAUUAAGGAGGCUCGUAUUGGCAAGGCUGUUGCUUUGUCCACCGAGUAUAACGAGGAAUACCAACGGACCAAAUUUACUUUCCCUGAGGGCACUCUAAGCGAUGACAAUGCAACCUUGAAUAUUACUUUUGUUGGAAUUUUGAACAACAAUAUGGCCGGUUUCUACCGCGCCAAGUACACUGACAAGGUUACUGGAGAGACUAAGUAUAUGGCAACCACCCAAAUGGAGCCAACUGAUGCUCGUCGUGCGUUCCCUUGUUUUGAUGAGCCUAGCUUGAAGGCCGAGUUUGAUGUUACGUUGAUUUCUGAACCUAAAUACACCCAUCUAUCCAAUAUGGAUGUUAAGAAGGAAGAAAUUUGCGAAGGCAAGAAAUAUACGGUUUUCAAUACUACCCCACGCAUGUCUACAUACUUGGUUGCAUUUAUUGUUGCAGAGUUGCGUUAUGUAGAGAACAAUGACUUCAGAAUUCCAAUUCGUGUAUAUGCUACUCCAGGAAAUGAGCACGAGGGUCACUUCGCCGCAGCAUUGAGUGCUAAGACAUUAGAAUUUUUUGAAAAAUCCUUUGGUAUCAAGUAUCCUUUACCUAAAUUGGAUAAUGUCGCUGUUCAUGAGUUCAGUGCUGGUGCCAUGGAAAAUUGGGGGUUGGUCACAUAUCGUGUUGUAGACCUACUUUUGGACCGUGAGAAAGCAACUUUGGGACGUAUUCAAAGAGUCGCGGAAGUUGUUCAACACGAGCUAGCUCACCAAUGGUUCGGUAACUUGGUUACUAUGGACUGGUGGGAAGGUUUGUGGUUAAACGAAGGGUUUGCUACUUGGAUGUCUUGGUACUCUUGUAACGAAUUCGAGCCAGAAUGGAAGGUGUGGGAGCAAUAUGUUCCAGACACUUUACAAAGUGCAUUGAGUUUAGACGCUUUGAGAUCAUCUCAUCCUAUUGAAGUUCCUGUCAAGAGAGCUGACGAGAUUAACCAAAUUUUCGAUGCGAUCUCGUACUCGAAAGGUUCUUCGUUGUUGAGGAUGACCUCAAAGUGGUUGGGAGAAGAUGUCUUCGUCAAGGGUGUCUCCAAUUACUUGAACGAAUUUAAAUACGGAAAUGCUAAGACAACUGACCUAUGGCAAGCUUUGUCUAAAGAAUCCGGAAAGGAUGUUAAACAAGUUAUGGAUAUUUGGACUAAGAAGGUUGGGUUUCCAGUGAUUACCGUUGAGGAGGAGGGUGGAAAACUCACCUUUAAGCAAAAUCGUUUCUUAUCUACAGGUGACGUUAAACCCGAAGAAGAUGAGACAAUCUACCCAGUGUUCUUGUCCUUGAAGACAAACAAGGGUGUCGAUAACAGUUUGGUACUAGACAAAAGAAGUAUGACAAUCGACUUGGAAGACGCUGAAUUCUUUAAGGUCAAUGCGGAGCAGGCUGGUAUUUAUGUUACCUCUUACAGUGACGAGAGAUGGACUAAAUUGGCCUCUCAGGCACCCCAUCUCUCUGUCGAAGACAGAACUGGCUUAGUGGCUGAUGUGAAGACUUUAGCUUCGUCAGGUUAUACUUCAACUACCAAUUUGCUAAACUUAGUAUCUUCGUGGAAGAACGAUAACUCUUUCGUUGUUUGGAAUCAAAUCAUUAACAGCUUACAAUUCUUCAAAUCAGCCUGGUUAUUUGAGAAAGAAGAAGUCAACGUUGCUAUAAAUGCUUUUAUAAGAGACUUGGUUGCGCGUAAGGCUCAUGAAUUAGGUCACGAAUUUUCUUCUGAGGAUACUUUCGCCGAACAGCGUUUGAAGGUUGAGAUGUUCGGUGCUGCUUGUUCUGCUGAAGACCCAGAAACAAUAGCUGCUGCUUUAGAGAUGUUUGAGAAAUAUACUGCUGGGGAUCAACAUGCUAUUCCAGUUUUGAUUAAACCUGCUGUUUUUAAUGCCGCCGCUUCAAAAGGUGGGGAAGAAAACUACAACAAGCUAUUUAACAUCUACAGGAAUCCUCACUCUAACGACGAGAAGCUAGCUGCUCUACGAAGCUUAGGUAGGUUUGAAGACCCAGAACUAAUUAAGAGAACUUUGUGCUACUUAUUGGAUGGUACUGUCUUGAACCAAGAUAUUUACAUUCCCAUUCAGGGUUUGCGUGCACAUAAGCCUGGUAUUCUUGCACUAUGGGAUUGGUUGCAAGCAAACUGGGAUGAUAUAUCUGAGAGAUUACCACCUUCGUUAUCAAUGUUAGGUUCAGUUGUGGUCCUUUCCACAUCUGGUUUUACCUCUGCGGAACAUAUAGAACAAAUCAAGUCGUUCUUCUCUACUCGUUCGACCAAAGGUUUUGACCAAAGUUUAGCCCAAGCUUUGGAUUCUAUCACUACUAAAUCUCAUUGGGUGGAUAGGGACCGUAAUAAUGUUGAGGAGUAUUUGAGAAACAUCAAGUAUUUGCAGUAA